UCUACCGUAGUAGUUAAUUUAAAUAUAUAGCCGACACAUUCAACAUUUCAACUGAAUAGGUACCUAGAUUUUUGUCAUCAACUCAUCAUGGCUGACAAUAUUGAGAAGUUUGAUGGCAUGCUGAUGGCAUUGGCUCAGCAACAUACUGGUGGAGUUUUGGAUCUCUUGGAAACCUUUUUUGGGUUUUUAGCCCGAAAAACUGACUUCUAUACAGGCACAUCACCAGAAGAGAGUAAAAAAACUCUACUGGAAAAAUUCCAAAAGUAUCAGAAAAUGGCUUUUGAGGCGCAUGACAAGAAAAAAGCUGAAAAUGAAGCUGCUGAGAAGAGAAGACUAGAAAGAAAGCUGAAAAAACUUGAAGAAGAAAAGAAAAACUCUUCUGAACAACAGAAUGGCUCCCAUGAAGAAGCUAUGGAGGAGAUCAUCACACCAGGUGUUCAGGAUGCUGGCGAUGCUGUGAGACAAGCACCUCAGGCACAAUCUGAUAACGAUAACAAGAAAAUGGAGGAAGAUGAUGAUGAUGUCGAAGAGGAAGAUAAGGGGAAAAUGAAGCCCAAUGAAGGCAAUGGAGCUACUCUAGAUAAAUAUAGCUGGACCCAAACCUUACAGGAAGUUGAGGUAAAUAUUCCCCUACCCAUGCGUGUGAAGUCUCGCAACGUUGCAGUAGAAUUCAGCCGCCGGAGCUUGAAGGUUGGACUGAAGAACAGCGAGCCCAUCAUCAACGAUGAGCUCUGCAAGGAGAUCAAAGUCGAGGAGUGCAGCUGGUACCUGGAUAAUGAACAAGCUAUAGUCCUGCAGAUCGAGAAGAUCAACAAGAUGGAGUGGUGGUCGAAGUUGGUGAAGAGUGACCCAGAAAUCAACACCCGUAAAGUGAAUCCCGAGAAAAGUAACCUGAGUGACUUGGACGGUGAGACGCGUGGCAUGGUCGAGAAGAUGAUGUAUGACCAGCGUCAGAAGGAAAUGGGACUCCCUACUUCUGAUGAACAAAAGAAGCAAGAAGUCCUCAAGAAAUUUAUGUCGCAGCACCCCGAGAUGGACUUUUCCAAGUGCAAGUUUAAUUGAAAACAUCGCGUAAGCACUCCUUGUGCUCACGAACAACUGCAUCCAACGCCGGAAUUUCUCAUCAUUUUCAAGAAAUGUCAUCCAAGUUUGAUGACAUAAUGCAUUUUCCACCAUAAAAUAUUCAAAUCUGACCGUGUCUGUUUUUUUUUUUCAAUUAGGCUAACUGUAGGCUCAACUCAUUCGUUGACUCAAAACAUCGUUUUUUAGAUGGCCUAAAGUAUCUGUUUCAAUAAAAUGAUUAGGAAGAGUUAUUUCGUUGUUCAUAUAGUUUUCAAUUAAAUUAGGUUUUGCGUUU